GAGAACUCGACAUGGUCCACGGCUCCUGAAGCAUACCUAGUAGGGCAGAGCAGACUGCAGGUAACACCAUCAUUCACCAUGGCAUUCCGUCUUGCAGCACAGAGGUCAUCUUCACUCUCUAGGGUCGCUUCGCCCGCCGCGCGAGUCCUAUCCGCACGUCUGGCCCCUGCCCCGGCCGCCGCCAGCGUGCGCUUCUACUCGGACAAGCCUUCGCCAGAAGCCAAGGCUUCCUCCUUGCUCGAUGCCCUACCGGGCAACUCGCUGAUCUCCAAGACAGGAUGGGUCACGCUCGGCACUGGCGCUACCGCGCUUGCUGUCAGCAACGAGCUCUACGUCGCCAAUGAAGAAACCGUCAUUGCUGUCGGCUUCCUCGUUUUCGCCACCCUCGUCGGCCGGGCUGUCACGGGGCCGUACAAGGAGUGGGCGGAUUCGCAGAUCGAGAAAAUUGGCGGCAUCUUGAACGGCGCUCGUAAGGAGCACACCGACGCAGUGCAAGCGCGCAUCGACUCGGUCUCUCAGCAAAAGGAUGUGGUCGACAUCACCAAGUCGCUCUACUCGAUCGCAAAGGAGACCGCUCAGACGGAGAAGGAGGUGUUCGAGCUGUCGCAGCGCACCAAGAUCGCUAGCGAGGUCAAGGCUGUUCUUGACAGCUGGGUCAGGUUCGAGGCGCAGGAGCGCGAGGCCGAGCAGAGGCUGCUUACCGAGGCUGUCGUGCGUAAAGUUCAGGACGCGCUCAAUGAUGACAAGAUGCAAAAGCAGAUCCUCGACAAUGCCAUUGCUGAGGUUGAGCAGCUCGUCAAGGCCAAGAAGCUCUGAGUCUUUCGCAACCAAAGCUCCAGACUUUGUCUUGCGCAUGUAUUCAGUCGGUGGCACUAGAAAAUCAAGAGUGACAUGAUUCAUA